AUGCGGCUCUCCACCAGGUCAGCCGCGGCACGCUGCGGGCCUUUGCAGGAAAUGCAGGCGCUCAGGCUCCGCACAUCGAAGCUUGACUUGCUGCAGCCCUCGGGAUCCUUCAAGCUGCGGGGCAUUGGCGAGACCGUGCGUGAGGCCAAGCAAAACGGUGCAUCCUGCAUCGUGUCCUCCAGUGGGGGGAAUGCUGGCCUGGCAGCCGCCUACGCUGCACGUGCCUGCGGGCUGCCAUGCACGGUCGUGCUUCCCACGUCUACGCCAGCACUGAUUCGAGACCGCCUGGCGGGCUAUGGUGCGGAGGUGCUGGUGCACGGGAGCGUUUGGGACGAGGCGGAUCAGCAUGCCCGGAAAGUGGUGGAAGAGCAGCGCGGUGCCUACGUCCAUCCCUUCGACCAGGAGUCGACAUGGCGUGGCCAUGCCAGCAUUGUGGAGGAGUUGCAGUCUCAACUCUCUGCCCCGCCCGAUGCCAUCGUAACCUGCGUUGGUGGCGGUGGCCUGCUAAUGGGCAUCCUCCGGGGCGUGGAGGCUGCUGGAUGGUCGAAGACUCGGGUCUUGGCCUGUGAGACCCACGGCGCUUCCUGCUUGGCUCAGAGCCUUCAAAAGGGGGAGCUUGUGACGCUACCUGCGAUCACUUCGGUGGCAAAAUCCCUGGGUGCACUGCGACCAAGCGAGGCGGUCUUCGAGCGCUGUCGUCAGCUUCCGAGUUCCCUCUUCGCCUCGGAAGUCUUCAGCGAUGCGCAGGCGCUCGCAGCUUGCCUCAGGCUGGCAGACGAGCACCGCCUGGUCGUGGAGCCUGCGUGUGGAGCAGCGCUUGCCGCAGUCACCGAGAGCUGCGAGUCCCUGAGAGGCAUGCAGAAGAUCGUCGUAGAGAUUUGCGGUGGAGCGGUUGUCAACUCUGCGCAGCUCUCUGAGUGGGCCGACCAGGCGGCACAGCGCGGUCUGCCGGCGAGCAAGGAUCUCUUGGAUCAAGUGGCAGCGCGCCUAGACACGGCGGCCCGCAUCCAGCUGCCUCUGCAGCGAGAGAUGGAUCUUCUGAUCCUCGACAGGCGGGUUUCCGAGCGAUGGCGGACGGCUGCACGUCAGAAGAGGCAGUCUCUCGAUGAGUCCGUCUGGAAGCUGCAGGACUUGUACCAGUUGGCGGUGGACUUCAGCUUCUACCACCUCGUCCUCUUAAUUGCGGACCUGUCCUCCACGAUCCAAGAGCGCGAGGAAGGCUUCUCAGCUUGGCUGCAGACCUUCCUACCGUCCCAGGCCACGCCCUAUAGCAUCGGGGAGCUGCAGGGUACUCUGCAAGCCACGGCCCACGGCCUCUUCCCACUUCUCAUGGUGCGGAGAUCGGCAAACUUCCUGCUCCAGACGAGCGAGCCAUGUCUCCAACCUCCGGCAGAUCUGGCCAAGCCCGAGGACUUCCAAGUACGUGUCGUCCGGCUCCUUGCCGAGCUCUCUGAGGCCUUGAAAGCCGGAAGUCCGCUCUUGGAGAUCGGUUGUCACCUUGCUGGAGUACUGCAGCUGCGCCUGGCGGAAGGCGCUGAAGCAGGUUCCAGGCAGCCCCAGCACGGAGAAGUGCUGGGUGCCUCUGCAGGUGCUGAGCCGAAAGCCCUUCCAGAUGCCCACGGCUGGCCUCCUGAAACUCUACGCUGCGGUGCUGAGCAACUUGCCCACCUGGGCGGCGGACCUCCGACGUAG